CCAUUCACAGUGAUUGUUUUGCUUAAAGAAGCAGUUAAACAGCUGUUUUUAUUGUCUUUAGAAAAACACGACCAAAGAAAAGGUUAUAAAACACAAUAAUAUUUUAUUAAUUUAAAAGAAAUUUUCUAUAAAUUGGAAUAAAAUGCAAAAGAAACGAUUACCCGCAAAUACCUUACUUGAUAAACUACACCGUGGUGCUGUUUACGCCUGUUUGGGUGUCACCAUAUAUGGUACAUUUUUGCUAGGCAUGAGAGCCUAUCGUUAUUAUACCGUAGUUAAGCCGGAACGUGAAAAGGCUGAAUUGCAAAUGAUUACCGAGGGUGCCCAUGAUAAGGCCAAGGAAUUAAAAUGUUAAGAUUGAGUUUAUUUUACUAUAUAUAUAUAUGUGUGGUAUAUUUAUUUUGUUAAGCUUAAAUAAAUAUGAAAAUUAAACUAAAUAAAUACAAAAAAGAAGA